AUGCAGGUUGGGCAACCAAAAGUUCAAAAUGCUGUGACUAACCAAGGAGCGAAGCACAAAGAAGGCAAGAACAUCAAGCAAAACGAAAAAGGCCAAAGUAGUGGUGUAGUGAAGACUAAGAACAAUAUCAAAAACACACAAAACAACCAACCUAUCUACAAAGUGGUGAAGGCCAACAAUAUAAAACAUGUGGAGAAGGCACUAGAAAUAAAAGAACCUAUCACAGGUAAUACAGUAGAAGAGGCGAAAAUCAAAAAUAAGAAAACCAAAAACCAAAAAAGGAAGCAAAACAGGAUAGCAAGCUUACUGAAGAUCAAGAAUGUCUUAUGGACAAAACAGAAAACAAAACAUGCCCCAAAUCAGAAUAUUCCUGAAUCAAUCGAAGAAGUUGGAACUAUCAACAUAAAGAGCGAAUUGGGAUCACUGGAGAUUAUUGAAGAAUCAGUAGCACCUGAGAAAUAUGGGCCAGAUAUACGAAGUAGCCAACAUGAAGAGAAAGACGACUAUGCUAGUGCUACAGAAGAACAGGAAGGGAACUCUGACCUAGAAGAUGACGAGGCUGCUAAUAGCUGUGAUAAAGAGGAGAUGCUGAACACUGAAGUAAUUUAUGACCCAGUGUCUAAGGAGAUAGCUCAAAUUACUCUAGAGGCCAAUAACAAUGGAAAUAAUUUCUGGAUAACAAGGGUCUAUGCUAAAUCUACUAUUGAAAAAAGAAGAAAACUUUGGCGCAAAAUCAGGUCUGUCCACCACUACAUCAAUGGGCCAUGGACUAUUCUAAGAGACUUCAAUGUCAUUACGAAUGCUGCUGAAAAGAAAGGUGGUACACCUUACACCUUAAAUGAGAGCAGAGAUUUUCUUUCAUGCAUGGAGGAUUGCGGGAUGUGCGACCUAGGCUUCAAUGGAUAUCCUUUCACAUGGUGCAAUGGCAAGGGUAGAAGAAACAGAAUAAGUGAGAGGCUGGAUAGAGUCAUGAUUAAUGAAGGCUGGUUAGAUCUUUUCCAUUCUAACAGGGUUGACCACAGAGGCAAGACUGGAUCUGACCAUAAUCUCAUGAUUUUCAAAGCCGGUAGUGAUAAUGUUGAAUUCACCAGGUACUUCAGGUUUCUCAACUUUUGGACCUCUCAAAGUGGCUAUCUCUCUACAGUUGAGGAAAUCUGGAACAUUGACGUUCAGGGUGAAGACAACAGAUACAUGUAUGAAUUGCCAGAUGAAGAAGAGAUAAGGAAUACUGUCUUUUCCAUGGAUCCUAAUAGUGUUGCUAGGCCUAAUGGGUUUAAUGGGCACUUUUAUCAAGCUACUUGGAAUAUUAUUAAAAAGGAGGUGUGCCAAUUUGUACAAGCUUACUUCUUUGGGACCAGUCUUACUAAAUACUUUACUCACACUAAUCUCGUUCUAAUCCCAAAAGUGUCCUCACUUUCCACCUUAGACCAACUCAGACCUAUUAGUCUGUGCAAUGUGUCCAACAAGAUUAUCUCCAAACUCUUAUCAACCAGAUUAUCCCAACUACUCCCCAAACUCAUCUCUGAUAACCAAACAGGAUUCGUCAAGGGCAGGCUCAUUACUGAGAAUAUCCUUCUGGCCCAAGAGAUUGUCCAUGAUAUUGGUAAGAACAACCAGGGAGGCAACAUUGUCAUUAAACUCGAUAUGUCUAAAGCCUAUGGCAAAUUAUCUUGGAGCUUUCUAACAACUGUGCUUAGAAAAUUGUACUUCUGUGAGGUUGUGAUUGAUAUGAUCUAUAGGCUUCUUGCUGACAAUUGGUAUUCUAUUCUAAUCAAUGCACUGUCCAGAGCUCUAAAUAAGCUCCCUGAGAAUAGCCAGUUUAUUGGCUUCUCUAUGAGCACUAGUGGUCUCAAGAUCAAUCACUUGAGCUAUGCUGAUGAACUGGUCCUCUUCUCCUCAAGAGAUAGGAACUCUAUCAAACUCAUCAUGGAGGUCCUAAAUGACUAUCAACAUGCUUCAGGGCAGGAAAUUAAUAGGGAUAAAAGUUUUUUUCUCACUCACAAUUCAAGAAAUAGAAGGGUGAACAGGAGGAUCAAAAGGUGGACAGGUUUCAAACAAGUGGAAUUUCCCUUCACUUAUCUAGGCUGCCCAAUCUAUAUUGGUAGGAAAAAGAACUGCUACUUCUCUGAUCUUGCAUCUAAGGUCCUUAAUAAAGCAAGUGGUUGGCAAGGGAACUUAUUGUCAUUUGGGGGUAGGGCUAUCAUAAUCAAACACAUUCUGCAGUCCUAA